AUGCACGCGUUAAUAGGUUACUUUAACUACUUUUCGCCGCCCUUCACCGCCUUCAUUAACGCUCUCGCUCUCAGUGAGGCAGGUGGUGGCCGAACAGGCGCCCAGUAUGUUGUACCAUCGCCCCCCAAGUCGCCUAGAGCGAAACACCCGAAAAAUGUCGACACGACGGGUGACGGUGACGACGUCGACGACACCGCCCGACAACGACUUUGCACGCCGCGCGCGGACGCGAUUCUUGUGACACGCCACACACCGUAUGCCAUCGCUAACCUACGUGCUCUCUUUCUGAGCUCUCUCUGCCUCUUCUCCAGCAACCUGCCCUCUAUCACUAUCGCUGCGCGGCUUAAAGCAUCUUAUGCCACGUUUUGUCACGCGAGGCUGCGACGUUUUACUCUCUCGCCCUGCUCGGGUCCUUCGCCGACCUACACAUUUUACACCUUCAACACGAGACUCUGUGACUCUUCCGUCACAGAUACCGACGCGCCUCUUCAUCGCACCACCGCCCGCCUCAGCCGCGCAAGCAAAGGUUCCCUUUUGACACAGAUCGACGAUAUCCGUACAAACGACGAGCCUCGUGAACUUGGGGCAGGCCUUGGUUGA